UAUGUAUAAACGGAUCCCACUGCAUGCUGGGAGAUGUGGGGCACUAUGGGUAGCCCAGGAUCAAACAAUGACAACAGGUAUGAAUGAUACAUGCAUGUUGUCUAUGUUGUCAUGGUAAUACUAAUAGUUGUAUUUGCCCUCUCUGCUAUCCAUAUAGUGCCCUGCAUCUCCCAGCAGGCAAUGGCAUUCAUGAAAAUGUCUACUGUACCUAUACAGCCAACCUCCCCCAUAAACAUUAGCUGCUGAUGUUUUUGGUUAUAGUACAUGUCAGGCUCUUUCCUAACAGUCCCCGUGAAGGGAUCUGCAAAAUCUGCCAUGAGGGAGAGACAGCAGGCCAGCUGAUCUCUCCGUGCCAGUGUACCGGCUCUCUGGGCCUGGUGCACCGCUCCUGCAUCGAGCUGUGGAUGUCAUCCUCCGGCUCCACCACCUGCGAGAUCUGCAACCAGCAGUUUCCCAUCACAACCAAGUCUCGAUCCUUCCUCAAGUGGCUGAAGAACAAGGACAAUGCCAUGGAGAAGCGUACCUUCAUGGGGGACAUGGUGUGCUUUCUGUUCAUCACCCCCCUGGCCAGUGUCAGCGGCUGGCUGUGCCUGCAGGGCGCCAUCAACAACAUCAACCACAACAGCCCUACCGAGGCUGGGGGCCUCAUCGCUCUCAUGGUGGCUCUCUUCAUCAUCUACUUCUUCUGGUCCAUCGUGUCCAUCCGCUACCAUGUGACCAUGUGGCUGAAGUGGCGCAAGAAGAGCCCGGAGAUCCAGCUGAUCGACCUCGCUGUCCGCUGCACCAAGACCCCGACCCACAGCCCUGCACAGGUCCACGUCAACAAGAAGAAUCCUGAAACUGGCUUCUAAAUAUCACUCUUCCCUAAUGAUCAUGCUGCAGUCAAUUUUUUGAUUGGCAGUCAGAAGCUUGAUAAGACCACAUCCACACCAACCAUGGCUUCAACCACAAAUUUCAUAAGAAAAUGUCAGCAAAUGAUCUCUAAGGGAAGUUUCCACAAUCAAAUCUACUUGCUGUUUAUCAUUCAGUCUAACUUCUCACUCAGCCUAAAUUCAUUCGAUUUGCAUCAGUGAACAUGGCCUAUCUAUUACUGAAUGCAGCCUUAGAAAUGGUAGCAACUUAGCUCUUUAUGAACAGAAACUGUUCUUCAAAAAAAUUACAUAUCAAGUGGCUCUCAGAUAAAAAAGCAAGUUUUGAACAUCAUUUUUCUGAAACCAUUUCAACAUUGCAGACAUCUUUGUAGGGAGUAUGUGCUCAUAAAUGAAAAAGGGACCCCUUGUUACAGUUUUGAAAGAAAAUAGUACUGAAAAUAUCACAACCAGUGUUCGGGGAUGGCAUCCCAUCAGGCUAAUUGAUUAUAGGACUAAUCAUGGGAAUGAAAAAUGAAGAACAGGCAGUAAUGCAUUAACAUAUUUCUGUGCUCCAAUAAUUCGCUGGAAUCAAUAUAUGAUACUGUUAUACACAGUUGACUGUUAUUAUCAAAGACAGCCAAUCUAAAUUUGUUUCAUUUUUCAUGUACUACACCAGAUUCUCACAGU